AUGGCGCGCUUGGCCGCUGUCGUUGCUUGCUGUGUGCUGACCCUUGCCGGCGCUGUACGUCCCAGUGCAGAAGCCAGCAAUUCCGACCUCCUGCAGAUGAUCCAGGACCUCCAGGGCCGUGUGGCAGACCUUGAAGGCCGGAAGACAACGCUGUGCUGCAUGAUGUGGAACGACAAGAAGGGCGAAGAAGUCAAAAAAUGCACGACGAGCAAGGCUUCGUGCGGGGAUCACACGUCAGGCGACACCUACAUCUUCAAUAAGGUGGCCGAUUCGGAAUGCACCGCGAACACAGCCAAGUGUUGA